ACAAAAAACAAACUUAAUCAACGCUUAACUUAGUAAACUAUUUAUCUAAGCUAUAAAAAAACCCUAGAGAGAAUCGCACAAGAAAACAAAAAUAAAAAACAACAAAAAAUCCAAGGAAAACCCGUCCUGUCCUUUCUUCUUUUUUUCCCGUUUAAGUUGCUAUUGCCUCUCCCUAUCCCUAUCUCUCUCUUUCUACACCAAAAUGCUGCCAAAAAACGCCUGAGCCCGAAUCCCGAGCCUCAAACCACAAACCAAGGAAAGAAUCAAGGAAACAAACAAAAAUAUAAAAACGGAAAUCAAAACUGUGAUCAUAGACAUAACAACAACAACAACAACAACAAGAACAACAAGGAGAGCAACAACGAGCGGAGCACACAGACAUGAAGGAGUACAGCAAGACAAAGGACACAGCACACAGGAACCUGCCAGACCGCAAUUGACGGGGCGUUACACAUUACAUAGAUAGAUAGUUAGAUACGCCAUAAAGAUAGAGCUGCAAUUUAUAGAGAAAGAUCUGAUAGCUACUAGAGCCACAGAGAAAUCAAUUGCACCCGAAAAAGAUUUGGAAGUAAAACAAAGCCAGGGGCAAGCAGCGGAGAGUGGAGCAGCAGCAGCAGCAGCAGCAGCAGCAGCAGCACGACACCCAACGGAGGCUGUAAUGACGACAAUUGACGCGAUGUAGCGCAGACUUAUGGUCGGCGAACGCGACAGGGACCGUGAGGCGGUACGCUGGGCAACGGGUGAAUCAACACCGCUUCAACACAAUAAUGGAGUAUUACAAAUGGUCGGGCAAUUGCAUGGUGGACAGGCUGCUGGCCAACAACAGCAACAGCAACAACAACAACAACAACAACAACAAUCGAAUCAACAGCUGCAACAAUCAAAGCAACAACAACAACAACAGCUGCAACAGGAUCUGCUCUAUCAGCAACAUCACGAGGCAAUUGCACGCGGAUUGCAACUUGCAGCUGCAGCUGCCGCAACUGCCGGCUCUGGCGACAUCGGCAUCGAUAGUCAGCCCUAUUACGAUACAAGCGGUAAUGUCGAUUGGGAGAGAGCAGCGAUGGGAACCGGUGGAGCUAGUGCAUAUGGUGGCAUCGGCCUCGGAUCUGUGGCAGCAGCUGGCUGCCCUGCUUAUAACAUUGGGCCAAGUGCUGCCGGCGGCCCAAUGGUCAUCAACAGUCGCCACAUGGAUUAUGCUGAUGGCGGCCACACUGCUCUCCCAUCCGCCCCAGCAUCAUCCUUCGGCGGUGGUGGCAUUCUGGGAGCUGUUGCUUCAUCUGCUACUGCGGCAGGACUCAGCGGUGGAUCGGGUGCCGGCGGUGGCGGUGGCGGUGCCAUUGGCAAGGAAGUUCGUUACGCUCCAUUCCCAGUUACAUCACCAACGCAUUCAAAUCCCACAACUUCCCAGCAAACUCUGGCGGCAGCAGCAGCAGCAGCAGCCCAACAGCAGCUACAACAGCAACAACAAAUGGCACUCGCUGGGUCAUCCGGUGGUGGUGGAGCCAGCGGCGUCCCAGGUGGUGGCAGCAUUGGCGGCCCCGCUGGCGGUUCCACAUCCAAUGCCGGCAUCAGCGGCGUUGGCACUGGCACUGGCACUGGCAUUGGCAUUGGCGUCGGCGGUAUUAGCCAAAGCAACACCACCACCGGUGCACUACAGCGGACACAUUCCAGAUCCAUGUCCUCCAUACCGCCCCCCGAGCCGUUCAUGAUAGCCCAAUCGAAGGCACUGAACAGCCGCGUCUCCAUCAACGUGGGCGGCGUCAAGCAUGAGGUGCUGUGGCGCACACUGGAGCGUCUGCCACACACGCGGCUGGGGCGGCUCAGGGAGUGCACCACCCACGAGGCCAUAACAGAGCUGUGCGACGAUUAUUCGCUCGUCGAUAACGAGUACUUCUUCGAUCGCCAUCCGAAGAGCUUCAGUUCGAUUUUGAACUUCUAUCGCACCGGGAAGCUGCACAUUGUGGACGAGAUGUGCGUGCUUGCGUUUAGUGAUGAUCUGGAGUACUGGGGCGUGGACGAACUGUAUCUGGAGUCGUGCUGUCAGCACAAGUAUCAUCAGCGCAAGGAGAAUGUCCAUGAGGAGAUGCGCAAGGAGGCCGAAUCGUUGCGCCAGCGGGACGAGGAGGAGUUUGGCGAAGGUAAAUGCGCCGAAUAUCAAAAGUAUCUGUGGGAGCUGCUCGAGAAGCCAAACACAAGCUUCGCCGCACGGGUUAUCGCAGUGAUAUCCAUACUAUUCAUAGUCCUGUCUACCAUAGCCCUGACGUUGAACACCCUACCACAACUACAACACAUUGACAACGGUACACCACAGGAUAAUCCGCAAUUGGCAAUGGUUGAGGCCGUGUGUAUCACGUGGUUCACUCUAGAGUACAUACUUAGGUUUAGCGCCUCGCCGGACAAGUGGAAGUUCUUUAAGGGCGGCCUUAACAUAAUCGACCUAUUGGCAAUACUCCCAUACUUUGUUUCGUUAUUUCUAUUGGAAACGAAUAAGAAUGCAACGGACCAGUUCCAGGAUGUGCGUCGGGUGGUGCAAGUAUUUCGCAUUAUGCGCAUCCUGCGAAUCCUUAAGCUGGCCCGUCACUCAACGGGCCUGCAGUCGUUAGGCUUUACGCUGCGUAACUCAUAUAAGGAACUCGGUCUACUAAUGCUGUUCCUGGCCAUGGGCGUUCUCAUAUUUUCUUCGCUGGCAUAUUUUGCCGAAAAGGAUGAAAAGGAUACAAAAUUCGUUUCAAUACCGGAAACAUUUUGGUGGGCGGGUAUUACAAUGACAACUGUUGGCUACGGGGACAUCUAUCCCACAACUGCACUGGGAAAGGUUAUUGGUACUGUGUGUUGCAUAUGCGGUGUUCUGGUAAUCGCUUUGCCUAUUCCCAUCAUCGUUAACAAUUUUGCUGAAUUUUAUAAGAAUCAGAUGCGACGCGAAAAGGCCCUCAAGCGACGCGAGGCACUCGAUCGUGCCAAGCGUGAGGGCAGCAUUGUCUCCUUUCAUCAUAUCAAUCUGAAAGAUGCAUUCGCCAAGUCCAUGGAUCUCAUCGAUGUGAUUGUCGACACAGGCAAGCAGACGAAUGUCGUGCAUCCGAAGGGCAAAAGACAGAGCAACCCCAAUAUAGGCAGGCAGACACUCGAUGUGCAGAGCGCUCCACCAGGCCACAAUCUAUCGCAGACGGACGGGAACAGCACCGAAGGUGAAUCGACAAGCGUCAGCCGCAAUCCGGCAACCACCGGCACCGGCUGCUACAAGAACUACGAGCACGUAGCCAACAUGAGAAACAGUUUGCAGCAUCGUCGCGGAUCCAGCUCUGAGCAGGACGCUGUGCCGCCGUACAGCUUCGACAAUCCCAAUGCCAGACAGACCUCAAUGAUGGCCAUGGAGAGCUACAAAAGGGAACAGCAGGCGCUGCUCCAACAGCAGCAGCAGCAACAGAAGCCUCCCGCACCGUUGCCGCCUGCCACCGCGGGCCUGGGAGUUGGGGCGACUGCUGCUGCAGCAGGUGUGACUGCCACAGGCGGAAGUGGAGGCGGCGUUGCCAAUAAUCUGGCCAUGGUGGCUGCCUCGAGUGCAGCAACGGCCGUGGCCACAGCCAGCAGCAGCAGCCCGCCCGAAGGUGGUGCCGAGGGAGAGGAUGACAUGACCCUAACAUCGAAUCAGAAGGGUCUGCCCAUACAGAUGAUGAUAACGCCCGGGGAAGUGGCCGAACUGCGACGCCAAGUGGCGCUCGAGAAUCUGCAGAAUCAGCGCAUGGACAACCUGGAGCAGGAUGUGCCCGUGGAGUUCGAGUGUUGCUUCUGCACCACCAAGGACUUCAAGGAGUACACCGAUGCGGAGGGUGUCAUAGCGCUGCCCACUUCGGACUUCCACAAGCCCAUCUGCCAGGAGAUGCGUCAGGCGGCAGCCAAUCGACAGGCCAAUCAGUUUGGGCUGCUCUCCCCACACAUGGCUCCGGCGGCGCACACCUAUCAGCGCCAUCAGGCAGUGGGCUUGGGUCCACUGAUGGCCCUGCCACCGCCACCGCCCGCCCCGGGCAUCCUGCUGCCCGUGUACACCAGCACCAGUGCCAUGCCCAUCAUCUCGCAGUCGUCGUCGACAUCCUCGUCGUAUGGCACCACCACAUCGACGACCAUUGCUCUGCCCCUGGACGCGUCCAUGCGCUUCGGUGCGGCCAUUUCCAGUGCUGCCAAUUUCAAUCACAAUUACAACAACAACUUCAACACCACCACCACAGUGGGCGCUGCCGGUGGCAUGGGCGCUAAUGGUUUGCUCCUCUUUGGUGGCAACUUCAGCACCCACUAUGGGGUGGCAGGCAGCAAUGGGAGCAGCAGCAACAACAACAACAAUGCGGACUUGGCCAGCGUCGACAGCUCCGAUACGUAUGCCAGCUGCCAGACGCAUCCGUUCCUGUCGCAGGGCGAUCUCACGGCCGACUUCAACGACGAGGCCUGUGCCCUGGACAUUGACAUGGACAAUCUGUACAUAAAUCCGUUGGAACGGGAGGGCCAUGGCCACCAUGGCCACCAUAACAUCAGCAGUUCGACGGGCUUCAUUGUGGGCCUGCCAGCCACAAUUUCCUCCUCCUCAUCGGCAACUGGGCUACGCGCUCAGGUGAAGAAGAGCGCCUCGGGGGACACGGCGCUGCGCAAUCUUGCGGCCGGUGGCGGUCUGAGUCCUCUGGACGAUGUCUACCAGAACUUUGAUGUCCAGGAGCGUGGCAGCCGCGUCAGCCUCAACGAGAACUCUGUGCCAAAGCAUCGCAAGACGCGUUUCCAGCAAAGCUUCACCGCAAUGCGGCCGAGUCCGAGCGGCGGCAGCGUGGCACGUCCGCGUGCCCGCUUCGAGGAUACCCGGCUGGACGACGAUGUGUGCGGCCGGGUGGAUGGAUCCGGCGGAGGAGGUUUGGGUAGUAGCGGCGCAACGGCCGGUGGUAGCGCCGGCGCCAGCGGCGGCCCAAAGAAGAAGCGUUCGGUGUUUACGCCGGGCAAGAGCUUAGCCACUGCCACCAAGCUGAUUAAUCAGCAUUUGUUUGGCAUACAGAAUGCCGGCUCCAAAGCCAAGUUCGAGAGCAAGCAUUCCUCAUCAAUAGACUCGAUUGAUGCGUCACCCAAUCUGGAGCAUCACAGGCGCUCCAAAUCGAUACUGAAAAACAAGUCUGAUAUCUCACGCGUCCUGUCCGAUCCGGAGAGUGAGCGCCUCCUGGCGGACAACAUGUCCGGCUCGGGCGUCUCCGACAACGGCACUGUUAUGGGCGAAUCUGGCAGCGAUUACUCACCGAAUAAAUUACCUCAUUCAGUUUUAGCCAAGUCUAUAUCCCCACCACCCCUCAGGCACCGUACGCUAAUGCACCAACGCUCAGGACCUGCGACCUUGCAAUCAUCAUCGAAGCCAACCAAGUUCCAAACGCCACGCUAUCCCGAGGAGCAGGCACUGCGCCAGGUCAAGCCGCUCCUCUCACGCUCCAGCAGUACGGCAGCUUCGCAGGCUGCCAGUGGCUCAUCCGCCACCACAUCUGCUGGCUAUGCAGCAGAGGGACAGCACACCAGGGACAGCAGCCUGGACUCGGAGACGACCUUCACCUCGCCAGUGAGCAGUCGUGCAGGCGAGGAGAACGCAGCUCCAGCAACUGCCCAGCCGAAUACGGAGGAUCAACGCCAAGCACAAGCACAGGCUGAGGCAGAAGCUGAAGCUGAAGCAGAGGCAGAGGCUGAGGCCGAAGGCGAGGCUGAAGCCAAUGAUGAGCAGAGAGCACUGCUGCAGCGACGUGAUGGUGCCGACACGAGCGGCGAUGCCAGUGCCAGAGGCGGUGAUCCCCCCACGUAGCAAUUAGUUAAGACACACACACAAAAGCCACAACAAAACACACACAGAUACAAAAGGGAAAACUCAAAGUGAUAGCAAAGUUAGCAAACAUGGAAUGUGAAUUAUAUAAAAGCAAUGAACAGUAUCCUAGUCUAGUUGAGAUGCAGAUGAAGGCAGCAGCGAGAGGUAAUUUAGGAGGAGCUACAGAAUGUGUAGAUGGAAUGAAUGCCGAAGGAGUAUAGCAUUAGGGAUAAUACAUACAAAAUAUAAAUAUAAAACAGCAAACAACUAAUGAUGAUAACGCUUAAACGAAUUGAAUGUAAAUGUAAUGUAAAUAAUAGCAAACGAAGAGCCAAUCCGAACUAGAGCCAGAGCCCGUGUACAGAGAGCAAAAAUCUUAUUUACAUUUACAGUUUUACAGCCUUCAGAGCGAGCGAGAGAGAGAGAGAGCUACGCUGCUAUAACCUAAUCCAAAGCGAGAGAGCGAGCGAGAGAAUCACCACAAAAGCCUAAAUAGCAAAGACAAAAGAAAUAUAUUCAUAUUUUGAAUGCAAACUUAUAAUAAAAACAAAUAUAUAUACAUAUAUAGAGGAGUAUAUACACCGCAUCGCAAUUGCAUAAAUUCGCAUAUUUACAUGGUAUAUACAUACAUAUACAAUCUAUUGGAUACAUACAUAUGGAAUAGCUCAAAUAUUUUUCAAAAAUCAAGCCGCCAGCAGCAAUAGCAAGAAAACGCCAAAAAAGGAUUGCAACAAAGAUUUGGGUAGGAAAAACUCUAUAAAGUAGCAUCAGCAUUGGAGCCUAAAAUGCAUAAAGUAAAUGUAACUGUAACUGUAACUGUAUCUGUAUGUACAUAGAUCUUAAAAUUCGAUCGUAAAUCGUUCGAGUUCUCAAAAACCAUAAAUUAGUCAACAAAAAAUCGUUCGUUUCUAUAACUAUAAAACUCAACAAAUACAUUGCAUGUAUAUAGUACUAAAUAUAUAAUAUAAUACAAUAUGUAUUAUGCAAGUGCGUGUGCUUAAGGGCUUUUUCGGUUAGUGCUUAACACCCACCAACCCCACACACACACACACCCCGUCCCACGCGCCCACCUUCGCCUGAGUUCGGUCCAUGUCUGGUGGUUGCCAUGUAUUAAAGAAAGUAAAGAAUCUAAGGUUUAAAUUUAUGUUUAAAUGCGACUGCUUGGAUAUUUUACAUGCAUAGAUGUGUUGUUUGUUGUUGUUGUUGUUUCUAGUCCCCACCCACUAAAGUAAUGUUUGUUAGUUGUAGGAUCGUUGUUACACCCUCGUUCGUGAAUCCGUUGUUCUCCGAAUACGUAAGCAAUACAAUUGUAAGACCUGCUCCCAGUUUCGCAAGUAUUUAGUCAAUUAGCACGCCCCGCCCGCCCCAAAGCCCCAUUCACAUUCCACAUCCAUCCUCGAUCCCAGAGGAAGUUUUGUUUUGUGCGCAGCAUUUAUGACCUCUCUAUAAGGCAGAACAGAACCCAGUACCGUACCGAACUUGUCCAAUUUGCUAAAUCGUUUCGUUUCAUGCCAGAGUUGCAAGUUGUUAGCCUCUUAGAAACAUAUCAAGUAAUGGAAUACGAGCUCACACUUACACUAACACUAAAACACACACUCACCCACUCACACAUAGACAGCGGCCACGGAUGCGCCACACAGUUACAAUCUGUAAAGAAAAAGAUGAAAAACAAAAAGCACUUUUAUUAAGAGACAGACACGGUAUUAAGAGAGUCUCAACAACGUCCGCUUUUCGAAUCGUUAACAACAAAUAAAAAAGCAAAAGCAAAACAAAAACUAUUCAUACAGCUAUUUAUAUAUAGUAGUAAAUAAAGCCAAGGAAAAUCGACUUAAUAUAGAUACAAAUUUUAAGUAUUUAUUGACAAAUGCUUGGAACCGCAUUCAAGGCAGAAUUUUUGUAAGCAAAUUUCAUUUAGGAUUAUAAUUGCCCAGGAUUUUGAUGAGCACAAAUACACCAUACACCACACACCACACAGCGCACCGGCCACAUUCCCCCCAUAAAUUAAAUUCUUAACUUUAAACCUCUUUUGUAUAUAAAGAUAUUUAUUAAACCCGAAAGCCAGCAAGUUCCCCAACUAAUUUCAGCGCUUAGAAAUAUUCUGUACAAAGAGAAACAAAAACUGCAAACGCGAACAAAAAUGCAAACAAAUGUUAUUAAUAUUUAAAUCAUUUCAAUAAUUACGAGUACAUUUUGAACAUCUGUGUCUGGUAAAUCAGCAAACAAGUGAAUACCGAAAAUACCAUUAAAAUCGUUGACGAGGUGCAUACAACAAUUUAUUUAAUAAACAAAACACAAAACAAAA